AACUCUGAGCGUAAUCUGGUAGCUUGAAAACAAAUGAAAAUGCGAAAUAUUUUCUGAAUGUGUAGUAUUUUGCUUAUUAUUUCUCUGAAUACAUCAAAGGAAUAGAAAAUGUACGUAGAAAAUGUAAUUUAAGGGCUAGGUAAUAGAUUGAAACCAGAAAUGACUGCAAGGGGUGUCUUGGGGCUACGAUUUAACCAGGAACACGGUUGUUUCACAUCAGCUACAGAGACAGGUUUCAGAGUAUACAAUGUGGAGCCUCUUUCUGAGAAAAUGAGAGCAGGCUUAGAUGCGGUUGGUAGUGUGCGCCACAUUGAGAUGUUACACAGGACCAACCUACUGGCAGUUAUUGCGGGAGGGGGGCUGCCUAAGUUUGCAGAAAAUACAGUACUUGUAUGGGAUGAUAGCCAAAAAGAAGCUGAGAAGAAGUGUGUUCUUGAGUUUACAUUUGCUCAACCAGUUAUGUCUGUACGCAUGAGGAGAGACAGGUUGAUUGUUGUUCUGAGGAAUCAGGUCCAUGUGUUUAAAUUCCCCAAUGAUAGUAAACGUUUGCUCUCCUUUGAUACCAGAGACAAUCCUAAAGGCUUGUGUGAAGUGAGUUCUAAUAUGGAGAACCAGAUUUUAGUCUUCCCUGGCUAUAAGUGUGGAAGUCUCCAGAUAGUGGAUCUAGCUACUACUGAGCCAGAAUCCUCAACAGCACCAGUUACUAUAAAUGCUCACCAGAGCGAGCUAGCGUGCAUAGCCAUCAACCAACAAGGAUCUCUUGUUGCCACAGCUUCUAAAAAAGGGACACUUAUUCGAGUGUUUGAUACAUCAACAAGGCGACAGUUGGUGGAGCUGCGGAGGGGAGCAGACCCAGCCACUCUUUACUGUAUGAACUUCAGCCAUGAUUCCUCAUAUCUGUGUGUAUCCAGUGAUAAAGGAACAGUUCACAUAUUUGCAGUCAAAGAUACCCAGCUCAAUAAAAGAUCAACCUUUAAGAAGAUGGGAUUUCUUGGUCAGUAUGUGGAGUCACAAUGGGGUCUGGCCAGUUUUACAGUGGCGGCAGAAUGUGCUUGCAUAUGUGCCUUCGGUCCAGUCACUCCUGCAGGCAGUUCUGUAAUAGCUAUUUGUGUUGAUGGAACGUUUCACAAGUACGUCUUUACACCUGAUGGAAACUGCAACAGAGAAGCAUUCGAUGUCUACUUGGAACUAGGAGAUGAUAUGGACUUUUAAAUGAAAUGCAAUGACUUUUCAUGCUUUUGAUUAAAUCUUAAGGAUCUGUAUUUGCUAGAAUAUGUAUUUCACUGUGGUGAAGCAGUUGCGUCGACUAUUGCUACUGUAAAAUUCACAAUAUUUUACAAGAUGACAGAAAGUUUGGUAUUUUUACAAAAAAAACAGCUCACAGGAAUUCAAUAGGCUAUUUAUUACUUAUUACCAAUUAUCCUAAUGGCAAAGCCAGAGACCAAAAUGUAACACUUUUUGGCUCACACGGUGAGCCUAUGGGAUCGACCAGGCGUCCGUCCGUCCGUCCGUCCGUCCGUCCGUCCGUCCUUCCAUUUGUUGCCAUCACGGGAAACUUAGUGAAUGUUAAGGU